UUCUGUGACAUAAAAUGAUUCAUGGUUGGCAUUUUCAUGCUUUCUCAUGCUUCAAAAUUCAAAAAGUUAAAAUCUGCAAGGGAAAUAUUACAACAUCUAAUCUGUUUUUCAUCAAUAAAACAGGAUGGACUUGGAAAUACUUCAAACUGGAUAGACAGUUUUGUUUCCUCCUUGGUCUUAGAGCAUAAAGGAAACACUCUUCAGUAAUUGUACACUGGAAACCAGAUUUCUUUUAAAAAAAAAGGCAAAGUCUCCACAUAAUUUACAAAAAGAAGUCAGAAUUUUGAAUUGCAAGGGUAAUGUGAUUAUUGUUUUUACUUAAAUGUGAAACGAAACGCCAGUCUUGGCUGUUGAUGCUAAAAGUGAUUAGCACUAAAUCUUUAACAUGAGAUUCAGUAAAACCUACUAGAUGUUGUUUUUAUUUAUUUAAUUUGACAGUAAUUUGGACAAGCUUUGGUAAGUAGUUCCUUUUUUGAAGCCAUUUUCUGAACUAUGGCGAUCUGGCGCCUUACAGCUCAGUGCAAUGUUCUCUUAUUUUUCCCAUUAUAAACAGUGACAGAAAUAAAUCUUUAUGUCUCAUCUUAUUUAUGCCUCAUGAAAGUCAUGGCUCAAUUCAAUCCAAUUUAAUUCAAUCGUUUUAAAAAUACUGACAAAUCAAAAUUCUGAUAGGUUUAUUAUUUCUGGACUGGGUUCGUCUUAAAGAGAACUUAUUUACAGAUAACGUGACGUGUUUAGACGAUUUACGUCCCAUCGGGUCUCAUCACUGGGGGGAAAGGAAUACGUGUAAAUUUAGCUUUGAACGCUCCAUGAUUCUGGCAGCUGUACACAGAGAGUGUUGGUUCUUCCUCUGUGUUUAUGGUCACGGACAGACUGACAACUUUCCACCAGAGCAGUUAUAUCAGUUGUUGACCUGAGGAUUCUGCAGGAAAGUUACCUCCACUAGUACAAAAUCCACAGGACAUUCCCCCACUGCAACUCAAACUUGGGAGCCUGUUUUCUGCUCGCGGUUGGUUCCUAUGAAGAGCUGAUGUGAAGAAAACAUCCCUGCUGUGCAUCAGCUCGGUAACAUGACUGACUGCAGCAGCUCACAUUUCUUCACACCCACAUGCUCAAGUAUUAUUUUGGGGGUUUAAUAUGUCAGCCACUUACAAUUCGAAGCCAGGGAAAUUGUUGUGGAUAAACAUUUUGACAUUUCUAGCUCUAAUCCAAUGACUUUAUUAUAAGCAUAACAAACUUAUCUGACCUCACCGGGUUCUUCCUAACUUACCCACCUGCAAAAAAAUUAAAAGAUAAACUAAUCUGCUUAGAUUGUAUCCUUUUAAAAUAUACACAGACAUUUUCUAGUAGACUAAUGUUCAUUCCUUAAACAUGAACUAAAUGUCAAAGGACUCCUGCAGAAGUCCUUUGACAUUUGCCGGGAUGCUAAAUAUGCAUUUAGCAUAUAUUUAUAUAUAUACUGAGUUGCUAGGAAACUCAGUAUUCGUAGUAAUACUGCGUUUGUGGAAUCUACAUGCCAUUCCAGUAGAUGACGGUAAUCUCCAACCUUCAGACAUCCUACAUGUUGUCUGUAAGGUUAUUUACAGGAAACAACGGCGAAGUCAAUGUUAAAGCCCAAGUCCUGGAAGAAUAAUGAGGAGCACAAGGUCUGAACGCUGUCUGGAGCAUUUUGCUGUACAAAACAAGGGAGUAAUGAGUAAAUAAUACCAGCUUUGAAAAUCUGCCUUCAGGAAAUGCUUAAAAAUAAAAAUGUGCAUUAAAAGUGCUUAAAUAUGAAAAUGUAAAUGUAGUCACUUCAGCAAAUGUUUUCAUGCUGCCUUAGAGCUACCAUUGAAAUUUACGUAUAUAAAAUCAAACACAAGUACCUUCACUUUUUGAUCUUUGAUUUGACUAUCAAUAAGUGUCUUAAUGAGAAAAAAAUUGAAUGUUUUCUAUCACUUACAUUUGUGCAGACAAACGUGGUAGUUGCCAUUGACCACAGUUUCAUUCAACUGUCGGUUUUAUUAUGCCACAAGGAGAGAAAACUCUGGUUUUCUGCUGCAGAACAAGAAUCUUUGUGCAGGUUUACCAACAAAUAGUUUUAUUCAUCUGAUUUUAAAUGUGGAAAAAAAGCUGUCACACACUAAGCUGAUCUUUAUUAAAACUAAAAGAAAAUCUUUUUCUUUUAGAUUUUCUAAAAGAAAGUCCUGCAGGGUCGGUUGCAGGCCUUGAUCAUUUUCUUGCAUUAUUCCAGACUCCGUUUAGGUUUUGGAAAUGUAAUAAAUAGUCAUUUGUCCUCUAAACCUUCUGGGUAACGGAUUGUGUUCCCAUUGACAAACCUUGACCAUGACUUCCUAUUUUCCUGGAAACCUCUCUGACUGCAGUGUGUGAGUAUUGAGGAACCCCAGUGUUCUGACUAUCUGUGCUACCUAACAAUCCGUCUAUUAUGUGGCGAUGCGCAUGCAGCACAGGUUGCUUACGCAGUAGCUUUCUACAAAACACCGUCAAUGUUGACUGAGAUUCGACGUUGACGGUGGGAUGUUUGCUUCGAGCCGAAUGGCGACCACAAUUAAUCAGUUGCUGACAAACCUCCAACCAUUGUCAAUUAUUAUCAAUAUGCUGCUGGAUUCUGCCAAUAGCUGAAGUUGGCAUUUAAAUUUGAUCCAUGCUUUACAUUUUUCAAAAAUCUCAAGAAGAUAACAGGUGAAUGAAUCAGACAUCUGCUUGUGUUUUUGUGCAGUCUGUUAGGAUUUUUAUUGUGAGAGAAUGGAUAUCCAAAAGGUCAGGAACUAUGACACCAUCACCUCUUUCCUGGGAUCCUGGGAACGCUUUCAGAUGAGGAUUUUUUUAGCGCUUUCCAUCAGCAUAAUUCCAAAUGGAUUUGUUGGCGUCUACAUCGUUUUUGUAGGCGCCACUCCGCCUCAUGAAUGCCAGAUUCCUGAGAACAACAGCAUCAGUGAGAUGUGGAGGAAUGUGUCAGUCCCAAUGGAAACAGUCGAUGGCGUCACAAAACGCAGCUCCUGCAGGAGGCUUAACCUGGAAACAGUCAGGAACUACUCUCAAAAGAACUUGAUCCCAAAUGUGGAUGUGAAUGUCAGUGAAAUUCCCCUGGAGACGUGUCUGGAUGGAUGGACAUACAGCAAAGACGUCUACCAGUCAACCAUCGUUACAGAGUGGAACUUGGUCUGUGAGAAUCAAUAUAAAAACCCACUGACUACCUCCAUUCAUUACAUCGGGGUUCUGUUCGGAGUUCUGUUCUCAGGCCAGCUGUCUGACAGAUUUGGAAGGAAGCCCAUCCUGUUUGUCAUGAUGGCUGUUCAAACUGUUGGGCUAACGGCACAGAUCUUCUCUCCAAACUGGGAGGUCUUUCUCCUUAUUUUCUUCAUUGUUGGUGCUGGAGGAUACUCCAACUAUGUCAUUGCAUUUGUUCUGGGAGCUGAAGUUCUGAGCCCUAAAACCAGGGUGGUUUUCUGCUCACUCGGGGUUUUCAUGAGCUCAGCUUUGGGAUACAUGGCGAUGCCUGUGGUUGCUUUCUUUCUCAAUGAAUGGCGGAUGCUGCUGGUCGCCAUGGCUGCCUCUGGCCUCAUCUACAUCCCUCUGUGGUGGUUCAUCCCAGAGUCUCCUCGCUGGCUGCUGUCUCAGGGGAGAACGGCCGAAGCUGAAGCAAUUCUUAAAGAUGCAGCGAAGCUGAAUAAAGUCGAGGCUCCAGACGCCAUUUUUACACAACCAGAAAUUGAGAAAAUAUCGAUGAUCCAAGGCAAGAAAUUCAACAUUUUGGUCCUUCUGAAAAGCUGCAACAUUUUCACCACAGCGUUGCUUUCUUCCAGCUUGUGGAUGAUCGUCGCCAUGAACUACUUUGCUUUAAUCCUCAACACUUCGAACCUGCACGGCGACCCGUACCUGAACUGCUUCCUGUCUGCUGCUACAGAGGUUCCAGCGUACAUCAUUGUCUUGUUGCUGCUGCGCAACUGCUCCAGACGCCUCUGUCUGUCUGCAACGCUCUUACUUGGAGGCAUUAUGAUCAUUUGUGUUAACCUCAUUCCGAUAGAUUUACCCGGUGUGUCUGUGCUGCUGGAGAUGGUGGGAAAAUUUGGCGUCACAUCGGGUUUUUGCGUUUUGUACGCCUUCACGGCGGAGCUCUUCCCGACCGUCAUCAGGAAUACAGCCAUGGGAUGUUGCUCCACCGCCGCACGGGUCGGAACCAUCAUCUCCCCGUUCGUCAUUUAUCUGGGGUUUUACUUCAGGGCCCUUCCAUACGUAGUGAUGGGUGUCAUGGCCGUCUGUGGUUCUGGUUUCUGCUUCAUGCUGCCAGAAACCCAUGGAAAAGCUUUACCCGAGGCGCUAGCAGACAUGCAACAGCUACAUGGGAGCUGUGUGAAUAAGAAAAGGGAAGCAGAAAAUGAAGAGAACACACAUGUAUAGUGGGUAAAUGUUCUUAUAAAUCUGCUGAUUCUGCCAAAGAUUUCAUCUAUUUGUUGAGCUUGUCUCAAAGACUGACUGAUUUAUUUUUUAAUGCCAUUAUGUUCUUAUGAUUUGAUGAACAGACCAACACUUACGGUAAUUGGAAAUAAGCAGUAAAAUGAUACAAAUUGUCUUCAAAUUGUCUAACAAAUAAAAAUCUGACAACUGGUUGUGCAUUUGUAUUCACUGUCUUUACUUUGAUGCCCCUAAAUAAAAUCCAGUG